GUCCUUGUCUCUGUGCCUCUGAGUUUAAGGGAAAUGGCAUUUGGUGAAACUCUGUGGAUGCUGAUAUUAUAUAUGACCAUUUUCAUUCACUCCUUGCUGUUUGCAUGGGGAGCUUAUUAUCGUCUUACUAGGACCCACCUGCCUCGAGGAAUGAACUGCCGUGCAUUAGUACUACUCGGUGAUUUUUCACUGGGAUAUGUCAUGAUACUGGUCAGACUUGUGGAAAAACUGGGCAUCUGCCAUAGAUAUUCCAUUAUGAGGUCCAUGGGCCGGUUAACACCAUUAAUGAAGGACUCAGACUUGAUAAUAAAAGACCUGGUUUUCGAUGGGGUGCCGGUGAGGGUGUUCUGGCCCAGGACACUUGCUGGGAACAGGAAAGGAAUCAUCUUCAUUCAUCCAGGUGUUGGACUAUUUGGAAGCGUCCGAGUCUCUGAAAGGGCCUGCUGUUCCUUUGCCAAACAAUCUGAUUCAGUGGUUGUAAGUGUUGAGUUUCGUUUAGCUCCUGAGCAUCCCUAUCCAGUCCCUGUACUGGACUGUUUAACUGCUGUAAUACACUUUCUGAAGAAUGCAAAGGAAUACGGAGUGGACCCCAACUGCAUUGCCAUUGUUGGGGAGAGUAGUGGAGGCACAUAUGCUGCAGCCAUUUGUCAAGAACUGGUGACCAGAGAGGACCUCCCAAGAAUGCGAGCUCAGGUCCUCAUUUACCCAUUCCUCCAAGGAAUGGACUUCAAUUUGCCAUCCCAUCAACAAAACCAUUCAGUUCCUCCCUUGUUCCGGAAAAGAGCUGUCAUACUUGGUUUGACAUAUCUCACUGGGAAGACAAUGAAUGUAGAUGGAGUUCUGAAAGGUGCCCAUGUCCCUCCUGAUUUGAGAGAGAAAUACCAAAAAUGGAUAAGUGCUGAUUACAUUCCAGAAGAAUUUAAAGCUAGGGGCUAUGUUCCUGUAGAACCUGCUCCAUUUUCAGAAGAACUUUAUGAACAAGUUAAAAGAGGUAAUGAGACAAUGUUUUGCCCCCUUGUAGCAGAGGAUGACAUAAUCCGCCAGCUCCCAGAGACUUUCAUUCUAACCUGUGAAUAUGAUGUUCUCCGGGAUGAUGGGCUGUUGUACAAGAAGCGCCUAGAGGACAAUGGUGUGCCAGUGACAUAUCACCAUCUUCCAGAUGGAUUACAUGGAAUAUUGGGCCUUGUUGGUUUGGGGCCACUUGAAUUCCCGAGCACACAGAAAUGUAUGCAGCAUGUAGUAGAGUUCUUAAAAUGUUUAUAGAAAUGGCAGUCUUCCACUUCUGUGGAGGGAAAUUUUGUUCCUCAUUGUGCCAAUCCUAAA